AUGCUGACAGCUUUGUGCAUUACACCCUCUGUUCCAACCCUAAUACCCACCAAAAUCUCGGUGGCUACACUACCGAGAUCUUCUCCAAAGCUACUACAGAGUUCACUUGUCUCUCGAUGCCCAUCGAUCAAAGCUGCUUCUUCCGUGGCCAACGAUACCUCUGCGGUUAUUGAUUACAGUUCCAUGGUUUCUGUCUUCCCUGCAGAAGCCUGUGAAACAAUAGGCGGAGAGGCUUGCGCAGCAGAAAUGUAUCCAGAAGUUAAGAUCAAAACAGAGGACGGAAAUGAUACUGUAGCGAAGACUGUUCCAGAGAUGGUCGACAGAGAGUAUUUCGAGUACAAUGAUCCCAAGACGGUGUUUCCAGGAGAAGCUUGUGACGAUCUUGGAGGAGAAUUUUGUGAAGCUGAUUACCAGAAGGGAGUCUACUAGUUCACCG